GGGACGGCUGCACGGAGCGCGCCGCCGAGCCUGAGCCAUGUGAGGGCAGGCCCAGAUCACGGAGUGGGUGAGCGCCAGCAACUGGCCCGCGUGUGUGCCUUCGCAAUGGAGAGGCCGGAGCCCACCAGCCGGCCAGCCCUGCUGCUAUGGACGCUAUGGGCGCUGCUGGUGCCCCCCGCCGCCGCCCCACCACCGGCAGUCAGCUUCCAUUCUGAAAACCGAGACUGGACCUUCAACCACCUGACGGUGCACCGCGGCACGGGGGCGGUGUAUGUGGGUGCCACCAACCGCGUGUACAAGCUGACGGGCAACCUGACGGUGCAGGUGGCGCACAAGACUGGCCCUGAGGAGGACAACAAGGCCUGCUACCCGCCACUGAUCGUGCAGCCCUGUGGGGAGGCACUUGCACUCACCAACAACGUCAACAAGCUGCUGCUCAUCGACUACCCCGAGAACCGGCUACUGGCUUGUGGCAGCCUGUACCAGGGCGUGUGCAAGCUGCUGCGCCUGGACGACCUCUUCACUCUGGGCGAGCCCUCGCACAAGAAGGAGCACUACCUGUCCAGCGUGAACCAGACAGGCACCAUGUUCGGGGUGAUCGUGCGCGCCCAGGGCCGUGAUGGCACGCUCUUCAUCGGCACGGCUGUGGACGGCAAGCAGGACUACUUUCCCACGCUGUCCAGCCGUAAGCUGCCGCGAGACCCCGAGUCCUCCGCCAUGCUGGACUACGAGCUGCACAGCGACUUCGUGUCCUCGCUCAUCAAGAUCCCCUCGGACACGCUGGCCCUCGUGGCACACUUCGACAUCUUCUACAUCUACGGCUUUGCCAGCGGCGGCUUCGUUUACUUCCUCACAGUGCAGCCCGAGACGCCUGAGGGUGGGGCACUCAACGCAGCUGGGGACCUGUUCUACACGUCCCGUGUGGUGCGCCUGUGCCAGGAUGACCCCAAGUUCCACUCCUACGUGUCUUUGCCGCUGGGCUGCACGCGUGCCGGUGUGGAGUACCGCCUGCUGCAGGCUGCCGCGCUGGCCCGGCCAGGGGACACGCUGGCCAGCGCACUCAAUGUCAGCGGCCGUGAUGACGUGCUCUUUGCCAUCUUCUCCAAGGGGCAGAAGCAGUACCACCACCCGCCCGAGGACUCGGCCCUGUGUGCCUUCCCCAUCCGCAGCGUCAACCUGCGCAUCAAGGAGCGCCUGCGCUCCUGCUACCAGGGCGAGGGCCACCUGGAGCUCACCUGGCUGCUGGGCAAGGAUGUGCAGUGCACAAAGGCACCUGUGCCCAUCGAGGACGACUUCUGUGGCCUGGACAUCAACCAGCCGCUGGGGGGCUCGACGCCGGUGGAGGGCCUAGCGCUGCACACUACCAGCCGGGACCGCAUGACCUCCGUGGCUGCCUACGUCUACAACGGCGACAGUGUGGUCUUCGUGGGGACCAGGAGCGGCAAGCUGAAGAAGAUUCGGGCUGACGGCCCUCCGCAUGGCGGGGUCCAGUACGAGGUGGUGUCCGUGUUCAAGGACGGGAGCCCCAUCCUCCGGGACAUGGCCUUCUCUGUGGACCAGCGCUACCUGUACGUCAUGUCUGAGCGACAGGUCACCCGGGUGCCUGUGGAGGCAUGCGAGCAGUACAGCACCUGUGGAGAGUGCCUGAGCUCGGGGGACCCGCACUGCGGCUGGUGUGCCCUGCAUAGCAUGUGCUCCCGCAGGGACAGGUGUCCGCGGGCCUGGGAGCCCCACCGCUUCGCCGCCAGCAUUGGCCAGUGUGUGGGCCUGCGGGUGCAGCCCAGCAGCGUGUCUGUGUCCGAGCACAGCCGGCUGCUCAGCCUGGUGGUAAGCGAUGCUCCCGACCUCUCUGCCGGCAUCGCUUGUGCCUUCGGGAACCUGACAGAGGUGGAGGGACAGGUGUCCGGGAGCCAGGUCGUCUGUGUCUCGCCGGGGCCCAAGGAGGUCCCCGUCAUCCCUCUGGACCGAGACUGGUUUGGGCUUGAGCUGCAGCUGAGGUCCAAGGAGACAGGGAAGAUAUUCGUGAGCACGGAGUUCAAGUUCUACAACUGCAGUGCCCACCAACUGUGCCUGUCCUGCGUGAACAGUGCUUUCCGCUGCCACUGGUGCAAGUACCGCAACCUGUGCACGCAUGACCCCUCCACCUGCUCCUUCCAGGAGGGCCGCAUCAACACCUCUGAGGACUGCCCCCAGCUGGUUCCCACGGCCGAGAUCCUGAUCCCGGUCGGCGAGGUCAAGCCCAUCACCCUGAAGGCCCGGAACCUGCCGCAGCCGCAGUCCGGCCAGCGAGGCUACGAGUGCGUCCUCAGCAUCCAGGGCGCUGUCCACCGCGUGCCCGCCCUGCGCUUCAACAGCUCCAGUGUGCAGUGCCAGAACAGCUCGUACCAGUAUGAUGGGGUGGACACCAGCAACCUGGCCGUGGACUUCGCUGUGGUCUGGAAUGGCAACUUCAUCAUUGACAACCCGCAAGGCCUGCAAGUCCACCUGUAUAAGUGCGCUGCCCAGCGGGAAAGCUGCGGCCUCUGCCUCAAGGCCGACCGCAAGUUCCAGUGUGGCUGGUGUGGUGGGGAGCGCAGGUGCACCCUGCGACCGCAUUGCCCUGGACCCUCGGGGCCCUGGCUCGACUGGUCCAGCCGCGACGUCAAGUGUUCCCACCCCCAGAUCACAGAGAUUCUAACGGUGUCGGGGCCUCCAGAAGGAGGGACGCGAGUGACCAUCCGCGGUGUGAACCUCGGCCUGGCCUUCGCCGAGAUCGCCCAGCAUGUGCAGGUGGCCGGGGUGCCCUGCACACCCCUGCCCGGGGACUAUGUCGUGGCCGAGCGGAUCGUCUGCGAGAUGAGCCGUGCCCCGGGGGGCACCAGCGCAGGGCCUGUGCACCUGUGUGUCGGCGAGUGCAAGCCCGAGUUCACAGCCAGGUCCCACCAGCAGUUCUCCUUUGUGACCCCGUCCGUUCUCUCACUUGCCCCCAUUCGCGGGCCAGAGUCUGGCGGCACCAUGGUCACCAUCACUGGGCACUACCUGGGGGCCGGGAGCAGCGUGGCCGUGCACCUGGGCAACCAGACCUGCGAAUUCUAUGGGCGGUCAAUGAGCGAGAUCGUGUGCGUCUCGCCCCCGUCGGCCAUAGGCCUGGGCGCCGUGUCUGUGUCCGUGAGCGUAGACCGCGCCCGCGUGGACAGCAGCCUGCAGUUCGAGUACAUUGAUGACCCGCGGGUGCAGCGGGUGGAGCCAGAGUGGAGCAUCGCCAGCGGCCACACACCCCUGACUAUCACCGGCUUCAACCUGGAUAUCAUCCAGGAGCCCAGGAUCCGCGUGAAGUUCAAUGGCAGGGAGUCUGUCAACGUCUGCAGGGUUGUAAACACCACCACCCUGACCUGCCUGGCACCCUCCCUGACUACGGACCACCGGGCUGGCUUGGAUGCUGUGGAGCCCGAGGAGUUUGGCUUUGUGUUCAACAACGUUCAGUCCCUGCUUGUGUACAACGGCACAAAGUUCAUCUACUACCCCAACCCCACCUUCGAGCUGCUCAGCCCAACGGGCGUGCUGGAUCAGAAGCCAGGGUCCCCCAUCAUCCUGAAGGGCAAGAACCUCUGCCCGCCAGCCACCGGGGGUGCCAAGCUUAACUACACUGUGCUGGUCGGGGACACACCCUGCACUGUCACCGUGUCUGAGACUCAGCUGCUCUGCGAGCCCCCCAGCCUCACCGGGCAGCACAAGGUCAUGGUGCACGUGGGUGGCUUGGUGUUCUCGCCUGGCUCCGUGAGCGUGGCCCCCGACAGCCUGCUGACGCUGCCUGCCAUCGUGAGCAUUGCUGCCGGCGGCAGCCUCCUGCUGGUCAUCGUUGUGCUGGUCCUCAUCGCCUACAAGCGCAAGUCCCGGGAGAACGACCUCACGCUGAAGCGGCUGCAGAUGCAGAUGGACAGCCUAGAGUCCCGCGUGGCCCUGGAGUGCAAGGAGGCCUUUGCCGAGCUCCAGACAGACAUCAAUGAGCUGACCAGCGACCUGGACCGUGCCGGCAUCCCCUACCUGGAGUACCGCACCUACGCCAUGCGCGUGCUCUUCCCGGGCAUCGAGGACCACCCAGUGCUGCGGGAGCUGGAGGUGCAGGGGAACGGACAGCCACACGUGGAGAAGGCUCUGAAGCUCUUUGCACAGCUGGUCAACAACAAGGUGUUCCUGCUGACCUUCAUUCGCACGCUGGAGCUGCAGCGCAGCUUCUCCAUGCGCGACCGUGGCAACGUGGCCUCGCUCAUCAUGACUGGCCUGCAGGGCCGCUUAGAGUAUGCCACGGAUGUGCUCAAGCAGCUGCUGGCUGACCUUAUUGACAAGAACCUGGAGAACAGGAACCACCCGAAGCUGUUGCUCAGGAGGACAGAGUCUGUGGCUGAGAAGAUGCUCACCAACUGGUUCGCCUUCCUCCUGCACAAGUUCCUGAAGGAGUGCGCCGGGGAGCCACUGUUCAUGCUGCACUGCGCCAUCAAGCAGCAGAUGGAGAAGGGCCCCAUCGACGCCAUUACGGGUGAGGCCCGCUACUCGCUGAGUGAGGACAAGCUCAUCCGCCAGCAGAUUGACUACAAGACACUGAUCCUGAACUGCGUCAACCCUGACAAUGAGAACAGCCCUGAGGUCCCAGUGAAGGUGCUGAACUGCGACACCAUCACGCAGGCCAAGGAAAAGAUCCUGGACGCCGUCUACAAGAAUGUGCCCCACUCCCAGCGGCCCCGCGCCGUGGACAUGGACCUAGAGUGGCGGCAGGGCCGCAUUGCCCGGGUCGUGCUGCAGGACGAGGACGUCACCACCAAGAUCGAGGGUGACUGGAAGCGGCUCAACACGCUGGUGCAUUACCAGGUGUCAGACAGGUCCGUGGUAGCCCUGGUCCCCAAGCAGACCUCGUCCUACAACAUCCCUGCCUCCGCCAGCAUCUCCCGGACAUCCAUCAGCAGAUAUGACUCCUCCUUCAGGUACACGGGCAGCCCCGACAGCCUGCGCUCCCGUGCGCCCAUGAUCACGCCCGACCUGGACAGUGGGCUCAAGGUGUGGCACCUGGUGAAGAACCAUGAGCACGGGGACCAGAAGGAGGGCGACCGGGGCAGCAAGAUGGUGUCUGAGAUCUACCUGACCCGGCUGCUGGCCACCAAGGGCACGCUGCAGAAGUUCGUGGAUGACCUGUUCGAGACCCUGUUCAGCACAGUGCACCGGGGCAGUGCCCUGCCUCUGGCCAUCAAGUACAUGUUUGACUUCCUGGACGAGCAGGCGGAUAGGCACAGCAUCCAUGACACCGACGUGCGGCACACCUGGAAGAGCAACUGCCUGCCCCUACGCUUCUGGGUAAAUGUGAUCAAGAACCCGCAGUUCGUGUUCGACAUCCACAAGAGCAGCAUCACAGACGCCUGCCUGUCAGUGGUGGCCCAGACCUUCAUGGACUCCUGCUCCACGUCCGAGCACCGGCUGGGCAAGGACUCGCCCUCCAACAAGCUGCUCUACGCCAAGGACAUCCCCAGCUACAAAAGCUGGGUGGAGAGGUACUACGCCGACAUCGCCAAGCUUCCCACCAUCAGUGACCAGGACAUGAACGCCUAUCUGGCCGAGCAAUCACGCCUGCACGCCACUGAGUUCCACAUGCUCAGCGCGCUCAAUGAGAUCUACUCCUACGUCAGCAAGUACAGCGCAGAGCUCAUUGGGGCGCUGGAGCAGGAUGAGCAGGCCCGGCGUCAGCGACUGGCCCACAAGGUGGAGCAGCUCAUCAAUGCCAUGUCCUUCGAGAGCUGAGCGCGGCCGCGCCCCAGAGGACCACAGCUGUGCCAGGGGCUCGAACCGCGGCAGCGGGUCAGGCCAGCCGCUGCCCCAGGCCCUGCGGCGAUGGGACAUGCCAGGACAGGAAGGCAGUGGCUCAGGCUGGAGCCCCACGGUGCCCGCCCUUUGCAUGAAGCUCAUCCGAUGUAUAUUGCGGAACAAUAAGAACGCUAGUUAGUUUUUUUAAGAGAAAGGGGGAAAACAGAAAUAAAAGGAAACAAAAGCCUCCAGGUUCUUCCCAUGCAACCUCCGUUUCACUCGGACCGGCCCCUCCGACUUUCCGUCCUCCCACCAUCACCUCCUGCCUACAGACGCCAACAACCGUGGAGAGGCCACGGGGGAGCCCGGGGAUUUACAAAGCAAGGAGGAGCAGGAGCAGGAGCUGAAGGACCAGGAGCUGGAGGACCAGGAGGAGGAUCAGGAGAACAGCACAGACCCCACCAGACACUCUGCACAGCAGCUGUGCAGCCUGCACCCCUGGUCAGUCCAGUUGGGCGGAGCCCGAGGUCUGGGCCCUCGACAAAAGGGGUCUCAGCAUGGGGAGUGGCCCGGGACCGGGCGGCUGUGCCUGUGUUCGGCGUCCUGGGUGAGUGGGCUCCACGUGGGCCUCUGCUGGGCCUGGGCACUCUGCCUGCCACUUCUUGCCGUGAAAGAGGAUGCAGAGAGUCAGCACCCUUUGCCAAAGGCAAUACUUGAAAUGCGAGGUCAGAGAAGCCAUGUCUGUCCUCAUGCACUCAUGCUCGCUGCCAACUGCAGAGGUGCCAGGCCUGGCCGUGGGCAGCAGCUCCCUGGUUGCCCGCCCACCCCUUUGGGGGCUCUACUGUGAGUCUGUGGAAGGAGCGGCAGCCUGUCCCGCUCGCCUGCAACAGGAUGACCACGCUCCACUCUGGCCAAGCCUGAGUGAGGGCAGCAGGAUAGGCGGGAGGAAGGGCAGGGGUGGCUGCCACACGUCCCUUCCACGCCUGCCCUGCGGCGUCCUUGCCUCUGGCUCACCAGGGCUGAAGGCCCAGCUUUACCUCCAAGCAAGUCCCAAAGGCCAUGCUGCCCACGUUGGAGGGCAAGGGGCUGGGCUGGCCUCCACCUGGCGUGCUGACGCCACCCACAUGCCUCCACACUGGUGCCCAUGUCCACCCGACACUCUGGCUAGCAGAAGACGGUGUGGCCCCACACUCAGGAAACGCUGCUCUGAGGCAGAUCACAGCCAGCAAGCCCAGCGCUGCUCCCAGGGACCCUGCUGCCAGCUCCGCGCCGUGGCCCGAAAGGUGCCCACUCCCGCCUCCGCACUCAGCCCAAGUGCUGCCCUUCCCAGGCCCAGCGUGGUCACCUGCAGGCUGUGCCCAGUGGGGGAGGAGAUGGCGUGGCCAAGGGUCUGCCCCCAGAACCGCCUUCUGAGCUGAGCCUGUGGGCAGAGGCAGCCCCUGCCUGGCAAACAGAGGCCAGACAUCACCGCCCUCAGCCCCUGUGCUCCAGCCAGCCCCACCCAGACAGUGCCCAGUGAGGGCUGCCGACGUGGGAAGAGCCCGCCGGGGCCUGCGAGUGUGUUAGGGAGGCUGGCCGGCAGGCCCACCUGCAGUGUCCCUCAGGGAGGAAGGAAGGAAGAAGAUACCUCCAUCCAGCACGGGCCAGGAGUGGGCUCUCUGGGGCGCUCAGGCUCCGGGCAACCCAGCCCUUUGGGGCCCAGGCCUCCUGCAUUGCCCUGAGGGUUUGCCUGGUGGAGGGCUGGCCGCCCUGUGCCGGCCAUUGGGAGGGAAGGCAGGAGAAAGUCCACCCGGCUUCACCGAGAUACGGCCUCCAGGGAGCCGGUGCCUGCGGAAGGAUGGUAGAGGCUGGCCAGGGUCUGAGCUGGGCCAUCCCGCCCCAGUCACACUGCUGCCCCACCCCAGCCUGUGGUCAGCAUCCCUCCUGGACCAUCCCACCUGAAACCCAGCCUCUUCGGUCUGCCCCAAGGCCCUGUUUCCUGCAGCAUCUGGCCGGAACCUCCUAGCCACCCAGACUGGGCUCUACUCAGGGCGCUGACAGAGGCUUGGCCAGCACAUUCAGCUUACUGCGGAGGGUACCACCUUCCUGCAGAGGGCACAGCCAGGUGGAGGAAGGAGCCUGCUCACCAGCUGCCUUACUAAGCCGGGGCUCACCCCACGAAGAGGCCGCUUAUGUGAGCUGCCCCCACUGCCGAGCUCCUGCCUCCUGCCACCCCCGCCCCCUGCAAGGGAAACAGCAGCAGCCCGAGGGCAUGGCCAGGUGGCAAGGACCCAGAGCCAGUGGGCGUGUGGGAGGCUCACACCCGUGCCCCCCAGGAGCCUCUGGCCACACCUGCCUCCCACCUGCUACCAUGACCUGGGGCAGCUGUUCCCAGGCCAGGGCCGAGUACCAUCACCACCCAUCCAGCCCGAGACUGUGCUGCCUGGCCCUGAGGGCAAGGAGAGGAGCCUGAGACAUGGUGUAGGGGCAGGCAGGCCCUGGGGGCAGCAGGCACCACCUGAACAGCUGCGGGGCGGCUCUUCAGACCCCAAAGCCUCCUGCCCUAUUCCGUCCUUUCUCCUGUUUUCCCCAAAGAAUGAGGUUCAGCCUCGGGGGCCAGUGACCCCACAAAGGGAAGUGGCUUCCUGGUGCAGGGACGCCCUGGGCUGCCAGGACACUAGUGUGGCACUGAAUGGCCGCACCUGCCAGUUCUAGAAGACUGGCCCAGUGGGCAGCACCACAGCCCCGCUGGGUGCUCAGGCGGACGCGGCCCCACCUCUGCCUGCCACACUCCUCGACACACUGGAAUCUGUGUUAUAUAUAUUUUUAAGGAAAUACAAUGAUAGCUGUCUGGUUUUGUUGUUUUACAGGUGUUGUGGAAUUAAAAACUGUAAGAAAAUGAAGUAUUUAAGGCACCCCAUGGACGGGGCUUUUGCUACCCUAAUAUAUUACUGUGUACCUACUGUAAAUAUGAAACACGCCUAUUUUGCAAGCCAAGGACACAUUUGUACUGUUGUUAUAUAUAAAUAAAGUUUACUGGAUA